AUGCCUGGUGGCUACUUACUGGAAAUGGCAAGUUCACAGUAUCAAGUGCAUGGGAUAAGCUCAGACAGAGAAAGGAUCAUAACUGGUUUUUUUAGCAAAUAUAGACUAAAGUCACAACAAAAAACAUUGGAACAUACCUUCUUGACAGGAGAGUAUGCAGCAGGAAUAUGGAUAACAUUCUCAGAUGCAGCAGGAAUUCAUGGUCUUUUUGUCCAAGUGAAGCAAGCAGUCAAGAAGUGGUGGGAUGCAAAAUGUUCAGUCAAGUUAAAGCCAUUAUAUCAGGCAGCACCUCCUAUUAUAUUAUGGCAACUAUGGAAAAGAAAAAACACAUUUCUGCAUGGAGGGACAAUGUCUAAGUAUAAGGUGCUAUAUGACAUUAAUCUGAAUUUAGUGCAAUUGGCAAGAACUAAGCACCCUUGGAUGAAGAAUUUGUCCAACUCAUGGCCUCAUCUGGUGCAACAGCCUGAAGAUUAUAGACCUCAGAUGAUAUUUACUUUGGUACAGUGGACAAGCCCACCUCAAGGAUGGUUUAAAUGUAACAGUGAUGGUGCAUCAAAAGGAAAUCCUGGACCUAGCUCAUCUGCAUAUUGUGUUAGGGACAGUGUAGGGGAGUCCAUUAAUGCCAAUGCAAGGACAAUAGCAAAUACACAUUGUCUUGUAGCUGAGGCAAAAGCAAUGUACAAUGGUAGAGUUUACUGUGUUAAUAACCAAUUGAUUCCAUUAUUUGUAGAGACUGAUUCAUUAACUCUGGUGAAGAUAGUUGAAGGUACAAUUAACUAUAAUAAUUUUCAGGAAUUACCAGUAGCUGCAAAGAAGCUGGUUAACAUUGAUAAAAUGCACAUUCCAUCAUUCAGAUUCAAGACAAAUGCAGUAAACAACUGCAACAAUUUGAAGAGGAAGGAAGAGUACAAGAGAGUCAGCAACAAUAGAUAUAAGAAGUUUAGAAUUGAAGAUCAGUAG